AUGUACGAAAAAUGUUACCAAGUGAAAUGUGAUGGUGUGCCAUACAGAUUUGAUAAUAAAAAAUUGCAAAAAGUGGAACAAAUGUACAGAGAUUCUAAAAUUCAUCAAGAACGACCAAGAGAAUGCUACAAAAUUAAAGAAACAUACCCACCCAAAGAAUACUAUAGUAAACCUUCUACGAAACCUUAUGAAAAAAGCUUAUUUUGUGGCAAAUUCGAACCAGCCAUUAAGGCUGUUACUAGAAGCAGUGACAAAUCAAAAAAUAUAUCCGAAAGGGACUUUGACUUAUUUACAUUAAAGAAGGCCAUAGAAGAUAACGACAUACCCCCUUACUACGUGGAUUUUUGGUUUGGUAAAGAAUGCGCUCUUCAUAAUAUUUUGGAUUUUUAA